CUUUGCAACACUCCUGAUAUUGUUUGUGUCAUUAAUCCUGACGAAACCGCUGCAGGCAUGCCGUCGAUCGAUCCGCGACUCGGCACCACCCCAUCGCCGUCGGCGGCCUUGCAGCUGCCGCCGAUCAUAGGCUACGGUGCUCAAAUGCCGUCUUACAACAACGCUGUGAAAUUCCCUAGGGAGCGAAGAAGUAUUAAAUUGAACAGGAGUCCUACCAAAAUAUUGAACAGAUCAGGCAUGACGGAAACGAUCAGUCACCAAAUUCACAAAAGGCAAGCUUCGGGUUGCAGGUGCGUAGCAGCAGGCACUUGCACCAAUUAUGGAACUAAUUAUGGAGGUGGUUUGAUUGAUAUUAGAAUUGUGAAUCCGGGAGGUGGUUCAGGAACGACGUGUCCCGCCGGACAGGUACUCUGCUGUGGAACCUCGACGACAGUGGUAGCAUGCGGCACUUUGCAGUCAGUGCCCGCCACAGCGAUCACUCCAGCCACAGGCCAGGCCAAUUUUGGAGAAUAUCCAUGGCAGGCACUCAUUUUAACAAAUCAGAACGAUUAUAUCGCUGGAGGUGUUCUAAUUGAUCAAUUCAACGUUCUAACUGUGACUCAUCGACUGUCUACAUAUGUUGUUUCAGGCACAGCUCCUAACGUCAAGGUGCGUUUAGGGGAGUGGGACGCAGCUGGGGUCUACGAACCCGUGCCUUACCAAGAGUACACAGUGGCAAAGGUGUUUAGCCACCCCUCUUUCAACCCCACCACUCUGCAGUAUGACAUCACAGUACUGAGAUUGUCUACUCCGGUCCCGUUGACGCCUAUGACGGGUUCUGUCACUACUAUUAAUAGAGCAUGCUUGCCAGCAUCCAAUACUGCUACGUAUACUGGCCAGAGGUGUUGGGUAUCCGGAUGGGGUAAAAACAUGUUUGGCCAACAAGGUCAAUACCAGCAGAUUCUGAAGAAAGUCGACGUGCCGAUUGUUGACCCGGCCACGUGCCAAAGCCAGAUGCAAGCGGCUCGUCUGGGCGCCAGCUUCGCUCUUGAUACCACGUCUUUCAUUUGUGCUGGCGGGGAAGCUAAUAAGGACGCAUGUACAGGCGAUGGCGGUUCAGGACUGGUGUGUCAAGUGAACGGGCAGUGGGUGGUAGUGGGGCUGGUGGCCUGGGGGCUCGGCUGCGCCAACCCCAACGUGCCUGCUGCUUACGUGAAUAUCGCUGCGCUCCUGCCCUGGAUACAGACGCAGGUCGCUACCGCUUGAGAGGUUACCAUCGCACCGAUUUCCAAGUCUUUGCUGGUUUUGUACAUAUUUG